CUGGUCCAAGCAUAAGUCGCUGGGGGACGGGGAAAGGCUGUAACAGACAUUCCGGUGGAAGAACGGACAGAGAGGACAUAAUGCUGUCGCGACACUGACUGACUGAGGCAAUGGUUAACAACUCAUGUAAACAUGAUGAUGUCACUGGUUCAGUCAGUCUCAGCAUCACUGCUCUAGGCAGCCAGCAGAGCCAUUUUGGCUUCUACAUUACAGGGCACUCAAAGAUCUCUCAUCCAAGAAGCCUUCCUCCUUACAAGCAGGCCUCGCCGGGCAUCCAGCCACACCUCGCUGGAGCAAAUAAAGGAUCCUCUGUUAAACAGAGGGAAAAGCAGACGGUUCUCGACAUAUCAGAGGAAGAGCUGAAAAAAGAAAAUUUGAGAAGCCAGCACAAGAGGCAGUAGUGGGAGCUGAUCUGUAGAGUCAAUAGCUGAGAGCAUCAGAGGAUCACCAUUGUAAAGGUGUAAGCUGUGACCUGAACUUUUAAAGGAGUGCUUUCAGCGCACACACAGAGGCACCAUGGCAGGGGCCUCGGUGAAGGUGGCCGUGAGAGUCCGUCCCUUCAACUCUCGUGAGAUGAGUAAAGAGUCCAAGUGCAUCAUCCAGAUGUCAGGAAACACAACCACCAUCAUCAACCCCAAAGCACCCAAAGAAACCAAAAGCUUCAAUUUUGAUUACUCCUACUGGUCACAUACCUCGCCAGAAGAUAUCAACUAUGCCUCCCAGCAGCAGGUGUUCAGAGACAUUGGAGAGGAAAUGUUGCUUCAUGCCUUCGAGGGCUACAACGUCUGUAUUUUUGCAUACGGCCAGACUGGGGCCGGUAAAUCUUACACCAUGAUGGGCAAACAGGAAAAGGACCAGCAGGGGAUCAUUCCACUGCUGUGUGAAGACCUUUUUACCAAGAUUAAUGACAAAAAUACUGAUAACAACUUGUCCUAUUCUGUGGAGGUUAGUUAUAUGGAGAUUUACUGUGAAAGGGUACGAGAUCUUCUGAACCCAAAAAACAAAGGAAAUCUGCGUGUGCGGGAGCACCCAUUACUGGGCCCGUAUGUAGAGGAUCUGUCCAAACUCGCCGUCACGUCAUAUAAUGACAUUCAAGACCUGAUGGACUCGGGGAAUAAGGCUAGGACAGUAGCAGCCACUAACAUGAAUGAGACUAGCAGCCGUUCACACGCUGUCUUCAACAUCAUCUUCACCCAGAAGCGUCAUGACUCUGAAACAGACAACACUUCAGAAAAGGUCAGCAAAAUCAGUCUGGUGGAUUUAGCUGGCAGUGAAAGAGCAGAUUCCACUGGAGCCAAAGGCACACGGCUCAAGGAAGGGGCAAACAUCAAUAAAUCACUUACUACCCUGGGAAAAGUCAUUUCAGCUCUGGCUGAGGUGGAUUCUGGCUCAAACAAGAACAAAAAGAAGAAGAAAGUAGAGAGUUUUAUUCCUUACAGGGAUUCUGUACUGACCUGGCUACUGAGAGAGAACCUUGGUGGCAACUCUCGCACUGCAAUGGUGGCGGCUCUCAGUCCUGCUGAUAUCAACUAUGAUGAAACCCUCAGCACUCUCAGGUAUGCCGACAGGGCUAAGCAGAUCCGUUGUAAUGCUGUGAUCAAUGAAGAUCCUAAUAACCGUCUGGUGCGUGAGCUGAAAGAAGAGGUGUCCCGUCUGAAGGACCUCCUCUAUGCCCAGGGCCUGGGUGACAUCAUCGAGACGUUUCGGGGGCCAGUUGAAGAUUUUGCUGGUUUGAAAUACAUAUCCGAUUACAAGAACAAUAACAAUAGUGGCCAAGCUGUCAAUCAAAGAGGUGAUCUCUCCACAGUGACCAAUGCUAUGACGGGGAUGAGCCCCUCUCCAUCUCUCUCCGCCCUGUCCAGCCGGGCUGGUUCCAUCGGCAGCCUCCAUGAUCGCAUCAUGUUCAGCCCAGGGAGCGAGGAAGCCAUUGAGAGACUCAAGGAAACGGAGAAAAUUAUUGCAGAGCUCAAUGAAACCUGGGAAGAGAAGCUUCGCCGUACAGAGGCCAUCAGAAUGGACAGAGAAGCACUGCUGGCUGAGAUGGGCGUGGCCAUGCGUGAGGAUGGAGGAACUGUUGGAGUUUUUUCACCAAAGAAGCCCUCGCAAAGAAAACCUCAGCCCGUUUUUAUAGACACGGUUGGGCUGUUCUCUCCCAAUGAGACACCCCACCUGGUGAAUCUAAAUGAAGAUCCUUUGAUGUCUGAAUGUCUCCUGUAUUACAUCAAAGAUGGAAUUACCAGGGUGGGGAGAGAGGAUGCCAACAGUAGACAGGACAUUGUUUUGAGUGGUCACUUCAUCAAAGAAGAACACUGCACUUUCACCAGCACCACUGGACCUACUGGAGAAGCCGUCAUUCUUGAGCCGUGUGAGGGAGCAGAAACUUAUGUCAAUGGAAAGAGAGUAACAGAACCCACUGUUCUCAGAUCAGGGAACCGAAUCAUUUUGGGCAAGAGCCAUGUGUUCCGCUUCAACCAUCCAGAGCAGGCUCGUCAGGAACGUGAACGAACCCCCUGCGCUGAGACACCAAUGGAGCCUGUAGACUGGGCCUUUGCUCAGAGAGAACUUCUGGAGAAACAGGGCAUUGAUAUGAAACAGGAAAUGGAUCAGAGACUGCAGGAACUUGAGGAUCAGUAUCGCAGAGAGAGAGAAGAGGCCAACAAUCUACUGGAGCAACAGAGAUUAGACUAUGAGAGCAGGUUAGAAGCCCUGCAGAAGCAGGUAGAUCGUUAUUACCCUGAUGCAGCAGAGGAAGAUGAAGAACCUGAGGAGGAAGUGCAAUGGACUGAGAGGGAAACAGAACUGGCGCUGUGGGCUUUCCGUAAAUGGAGAUGUUAUCAGUUCACAUCUCUCAGAGAUCUGCUUUGGGGCAAUGCCAUCUUCCUCAAGGAGGCCAAUGCCAUUAGCGUAGAGCUAAAGAAGAAGGUUCAGUUCCAGUUCGUGUUAUUGACGGACACGCUUUACUCUCCACUUCCUCCUGACCUGUUACCACCCGAGACAGCUAAAGACCGUGAGAAAAGCCCAUUCCCUCGCACCAUUGUGGCUGUUGAAGUCCAAGAUCAGAAAAAUGGAGCCACACAUUACUGGACCCUGGAGAAGCUCAGGCAGAGGCUGGAUCUGAUGAGAGAGAUGUAUGAUCGUGCUGCUGAGGUGCCUGGCAAUGCUCUUGAAGACUGUGACAGUGUGCUGACUGGAGGUGAUCCGUUCUACGACCGGUUUCCCUGGUUCCGUCUGGUUGGAAGAAACCCCCUUUUCUCCACAUGCCUUAGUGAGCAAGCGAGCGACCCUAACUCCUCCCCCACCCCCUCUGAGCCCACAUCAACCUCUGAAAUCACUGAGCUGGUCCAGUCGUGGUCUGACAACAGGGUGGGGACAGAGUUGGAUGACUUGGACGAUGAUUUCUUAUCGGAUGACCCAUGCUCGGAUUUUGAGGAAGAGGAGGAGGGGGAGGAGGAUGAUGAUGAUGAUGAUGAUGAGGGAGAGCUCUGCAGAAGCUCCGGCAAAGCUGAGGACCCGUUUUACGAUCGCUCACCGUUGUUCAGUGUAGUGGGAAGGGCAUUUGUGUAUUUGAGUAAUCUGCUCUAUCCUGUGCCCUUGGUCCAUCGGGUUGCCAUCGUCAAUGAGAAGGGAGAGGUCAAAGGUUUCCUCAGAGUAGCAGUGCAGGCAAUAUCAGGUGCUCUGGUUUUUCCUCCAGCCGAUGAAGAGGCACCAGACUAUGGCUCUGGUGUCCGACAGUCAGGCACUGCCAAGAUUUCUUUUGAAGACCAGCAGUUUGAGAAGUUCCAGUCAGAGUCCUGUCCUUCUGGUCUUUCACGUGCUGCUGUCUCUCAGGAAGAGCUGCGAAUUGUGGAGGGUGAGGGCCAAAAUGCAGAGAUGGGACUAUCAGCGGAUGAGGUCAACAAUAAUACCUGUACAGCUAACCCAGAGGAACUGGACAGCCCUGUCAAAACUGGACUUGAUGGCAUACUGGACGGCGCUCUGGAUCACUUGAGGAUUGGAGAAGUCUUUACAUUCAGAGUUACUGUGCUGCAGGCAUCAAGCAUAUCCGCAGAAUACGCAGACAUAUUCUGCCAGUUCAAUUUUAUUCACAGGCACGACGAAGCGUUUUCCACAGAGCCGUUGAAGAACACUGGACGUGGUCCACCACUUGGCUUCUAUCAUGUGCAAAAUAUUGCCGUGGAAGUGACUAAGUCUUUUAUAGAGUACAUAAAGACUCAGCCAAUCGUGUUUGAAGUGUUUGGACAUUACCAGAAGCAGCCUUUCCCUCCGCUCUGCAAAGAUCUCAUUAGCCCGUUGCGCCCAUGCAGACGACAGUUCCCAAGAGUCAUGCCUCUUUCCAAACCAGCCGCAGAUAACGACACCCCUCCUGAUCGGGAGAAGAACCUGGAGCUGAUUCGCUACCUGCUGCCAGAGGUCUUCAAUGGGACUCUGGUGGACUCUCUGUCAAGCCACGCCCUCAAUGCAGCAGGCGUGGCUGUUUCCUACCUCCUUGAGGGGGAGGAGCAAGCCAGACUGCCGGCCCCGCCCUUGUCUAUCUGUUCAGUAAUAAAAGCGCAGAAGCCGGUACCUGCCACUAAACUGACAGCUCUCACACGACCCACGGCAGGACCGUGCCACUGUAAAUAUGACCUGAUGGUCUUCUUUGAAAUCUGUGAGCUAGAGGCCAAUGGAGACUAUAUCCCAGCCGUAGUGGACCACCGGAUAGGCAUGCCCUGCCAUGGCACAUUCAUGUUACAUCAGGGCAUCCAAAGGAGAGUCACAGUCACCAUAGUACAUGAGUCAGGACAAGAUAUUGAGUGGAAGGAAGUGCGAGAGCUGGUUGUAGGGCGCAUCCGGAACGCGCCUGAAGCAGAUGAGACAAUCAUCGACCCCAAUAUUCUCUCUCUCAACAUACUGUCUGCAGGAUACAUCCGACCCACACAAGAUGACAGACAAUUUCUUGAUUCGGACAUGCCUAGGACAUUCUACCGUUUUGAGGCUGCUUGGGAUUCAUCCAUGCACAACUCUUUGCUGCUUAACCGUGUCACUCCUUACGGAGAGAAAAUCUACAUGACUCUGUCUGCUUACCUGGAGAUGGAGAACUGCACACAGCCCACAGUGAUAACCAAAGACUUAUGCAUGGUGUUCUACUCAAGAGAUGCCAAGCUCCCAGCAUCUCGCUCCAUCAGGAACCUCUUCAGCAGUGGCACCUUGAGGCCAUCUGAAGGAAACCGUGUAACUGGUGUGUAUGAGCUCAGUCUGUGCCACCUGGCUGAUGCAGGGAGCCCAGGAAUGCAAAGACGGCGCAGGAGGGUGCUGGAUACGUCGGUGGCAUAUGUGCGAGGGGAGGAGAACCUGGCUGGCUGGAGGCCCCGCAGUGACAGCCUCAUCCUGGACCAUCAGUGGGAGCUGGAGAAACUGAGCCUCCUGCAGGAGGUGGAGAAAACCAGACACUACCUCCUCCUUAGGGAGAAGCUGGAGUCCACCCUGCUGCUGGGCCAGGAGUCGCUGCUGUCCUGCGGGAGUGAGGAUCUAACCGAGUCCUCUUCCCCAUCCACCCACCUGGGCCUGGGCCACAACCCUUGCCCUGGCCCUGAUACACCCAACGAGAGGCAGAAGGAGCUGGCUGCAAAGUGUCUUCGUUUGCUUAACCACACCUUUAACAGAGACUACAGCCAUGUGUGUGUUAGCGCCAGUGAGAGCAAGUUGAGCCAGAUGUCAGUAACUCUUUUGAAAGACUCUGCCUCAGUGUUUGCUGAAAACACCCUUACCCCAUCCUCCACAUGCCCCUCAUUGGUGGAGGGACGAUACGGCCACAAUGCUGAACUCAGACCCCCAACACCUCGAUCUCGUGCUGUAAGCCCCAUCCCUGAUUCUGAAACAGAGGGCAAGAAGUCUCCUCAAGAGUCCAAAUCAAGAACCCACACUUUUGUGCCAGACAUUCAGGAAAUCCGUGUCAGCCCAAUUGUGUCAAAGAAAGGUUAUUUGCACUUCCUGGAGCCCCACAGUAAUGGCUGGGUUAAGAGAUAUGUGGUGGUACGCCGGCCUUAUGUCUACAUCUACAACACAGAGAGAGACACAGUGGAAAGGGCCAUUCUUAACCUGUCAUCGGCACAAGUGGAGUACAGCGAAGACCAGCAGGCCAUGCUGAAGACCCCCUACACAUUUGCGGUAUGCACAGAGCAUCGUGGGAUACUCCUUCAAGCCAGUAAUGACAAGGAGAUGCAUGACUGGCUGUAUGCCUUUAACCCUCUGCUUGCUGGAUCUAUCAGGUCUAAACUGUCCAGAAGAAGAGCCGGGCAGAUGAGGUUUUGAGCCCACUACAUGUAUACCUUCUGUACAACUCUUCGAGGACAAAAAACACAAAGGACUAACCUUGUAAAUAGAUCUACUGACAGAUCCCCCAGUUUAUGUGCUUAAUCAACUCUCUGACCCUCUGUUUCCUACAUGUGUGUUCCUGCACCUGCCCACACUAGCACCAACUGUGCACCUGUAUGUUAAAGGCCCCUUUGUUGUGCAUCUACAGUGGCCUAAAUAUUCAACUUAUAGCGCCAAGAGAACAGGCUAACUACUUUAUUGAGGUAGUGAUAGUAUGCUUAUGUAGUCUUCAGCAACAUUUUAGAAAGCUGGUGAUGGGAAUUUCUAAUUCUGAAGCUGUCAGCUCAUACAAACACAUCUGAAUUUGUUACUGUGAAGAGUGACGUCCAUAUCUUGGGUUUGUGGGAAAAUGGAUCACAUGGCCUUACUGUGUUACUCUAUGGGUUUGAAACGAUAAAACUGGUCAGUAUUUAAAUCAGCAGACCAUAUGUUUAUUCAUCUCUUGGCUAUUGAUCAAUGAUACGUAGUUCUUUGCAAGGAGCAGAUGAAUCACAUCAUAUUACGCUCUUACUCUCUUUAAGUGCAGUUCUUGGACACAGUUCAACCCAUCAUAAAUACUCAUAUACCUUUAUAAUGUUUCCUUGAAUGUCCUUGAAAUGCAUAAAGUUUUCAAAAUAGCCAGGACGCAUUAGGGAAAAUUUGGCUAAGGAAAAUGGUUGCAUUCUCAUGUCUCUGUAUGAGAACCAUUAUAAAGAUUUGGCCUAUUUUUGUUGGAGUACUGGUCAGUAGAUUUAUCUAAAAUGUAUCAUAAUCCAGUCUAAUAUUUUAUAUAAAAAAUGAUCGGUAUCCCCAAAUGAUCUUAUAUCUGUCUAAUUUAUUUUUAAAGUUUCUAUUAAAGUCUUAUCUUGUUAGGUAUUUAUUUAACAUGUUUUUAUUUAUUUCAGCAUGUAUUUAUUGACAAAGACUGUAAUAUUUUUGAAGAAGUACAGUGCAAUUUCUGCAUAUGGCACUUUUUUUUAUCAUGAGUUGACUAACCUCCCUUUUACUGACCGUACUGCUCUCAUUUCCCCCGACACAAUGAAAUGCAUUUGGGGAACAGGUUAGAAGUGAAUAGCUGGGAUAGCUGCUAUUACAUGUAGAUUACUUGAAUUUUACUUUUUAGAUAUGUUAACCAGUUUUGGUUAGGAAAACAAAAAUGCUUUUUGCAAGAUUUAUCAGGUUGAGAAAAAUCAUCAUCCUUGCCCAGACUCCUAAAUGAGUGUUUGUACAGUGGUCAGUCUUGGAAAAUGGAAGGUUUAGAAGUUUGUUAGAACAAAUCCAAUGUACAGUACUGAUGGAAUUUUCUACGCGCACCCUAGAGAGUGAUGAGAUAUGAUUUUGUGCCUCUUGCAUCCUCUACUCUGUUUUUGUUUUACAAUUUCCAUCAUCUUAAUCCCUGUGCGCUUCUUUAACAGGGUGAAUGAAUGUCCACUUUAAGGCCCACUCAUCGCUACCACCCUUUCUCUUUGUGUAAUCAUCCUGUGCACAGGCAAAAGCAGUUUUAGUUUUUAGUUUGCAUAUUUAGUUUGUAUAUUGCACUUGCCCGACAUUUGACUAGGUUUUGAGAUUUCCAAGCAUAUCUAGAUGGUGUAAAUUAUUUUUCUUAACUGAUUUCACUUAAAAAUAAACAAAACAAAUCUAUUUAUUCAGCCAGAAACAAAAUGCAUCAUGGAAUCUAGAAAUAAGCCCUGCUGCUGUCAUUGUUCCAAACCUUGAUUUUUUUGUGAUUAUAAUUACAUAAAAUAUCCGACAGGCUAAUAUAUGUAACACACAAUACAUUUAAAAUGUCAUUUUCUGGUUUUAAAGUCAUCUCAGGUAUGAUUGUUCUGCUUAAUGUCAAUAGCUUAGGCCGCGCAAACCCCAUCAAACAGGCAAGCAUCUGCGUUGAGAUUGCUGAUAGCUGUUUAACUUCAGCCAAAUUACUGUUUUUGGAAUAUGAAACCACAACAGCUGUGAUUUAGACACUUUGUAGUGCAAAAGCAUUUGUUAGAAGGUGGAGUUCUGUGGGCUUUGACUUAGGCGGUCACUGCAGCAGAGCCCAUAUGUCCACUAUCAUUAGUCCAAAAGGCUUGUAAUGUGGUUUGGGAUGUUUGGAUGAUCCUGCAGGUUACCUAAGACAAGCCUUUCUUCCAUACAUGCAUGUUUAUAGAGUGCAGAUCAACUAUUUGCAAACCUGAGGUUCCUCCAGGGCAGGAUUCAGGCAUAUCUGCAUGACUGAGGCCAGCCAACCUUCAGCACAUGCUGAAUAUAGCAAGAAUCUGACACUGAACUAACCUCUGUUGCAAGCCUUGAUCUGUAUAUGAAUAAACAUCAAAGAUUUCUUUUCCCAAAAAGUGGGUUUCUGUUUCUAUGAAAAAGUGGAGUUCUGCUUGUUUGUAAAAGCAGAAAGCAUAUCCUAAAAGGUUUCUCAAUUCCUGAAGGUUCUGUGUUUAUGAAAAAUAGUUAAUGCACUUAUUUAUUUAUUUAUUUUUUUUUUGCAAUUUCCAUGUGUAUAUCUCACUUCACUUUCAUGACCAGUUCAGAGUAAUAUAAACAAUGCCACUACUUUUAGGAAAAAAGUGUAUAUGUUAAUAGUAAUAGCAGGUGAAUUUUAAAAAUAAGUGAGAACAAAAUUAUUUAAAAAUCUAGAGUUAAAAGAAUCACUUUCAGUUUGAGUAUGCAAGCAAAUGUGAAUCGUCUUGACUCCUGUUUAUUUAUUUAUUUUUGUCUGUGCACCUUGUAGAAAGUAAUGUGGAAAGCUGAAUGGUAUUCUUCAUGUUAUAGCCUGUCCUGUACCAUUUCUACAAGCAAUUUACAUAAAACAUGUUUCAAGGCUUAAAACGUUGCAUUAAUUUUACCAUCUCCCAAAAUGAAAUAAUGAAUCAGUUUUCAUAAUCAACACCAAAUAUUUGUGUGCUUCCAUUCUCCUCUUAAGCACUCCAUUCAUAAACAUUUUUUUUUUCUGUUGUUUUCUGUUUUACUUGCCUUGUAUAUAAACAUGAUUGCUGUGAAUGGUGUAAUAUGCAGUUGUAACUGGUUUGUACCAUCUUCAAUGGGCAGUAGUUUAAUGUCUCUUUCUGAGUGUUGGAAUUAUGAGUCAAAUGUUUGUGAACACUUAACACAUCGUCAGAUAUGAAAUAAAUGUGGAACUUAUGCAACACUA